CCUCCACUUUGUUAGUUUCUCAUUUCUACUUAUUUCCAGUUCAGUAUAAAAGCUCGCUUAAUUUGUUUAUUGAGACAAAAAACAAAGACAAACAGAUGGAAUGUGUGUACUUACCAUGGUUGUUCUUGGCCCAGUUUUUGAUGUUAAUCAUCACUGGUGCAGCAAAAGUUCCAGCCAUUAUAGUGUUUGGAGAUUCAUCUGUUGAUGCUGGGAAUAAUAAUCAGAUUUCGACUAUGUUGAAGAGCAAUUUUAGGCCAUAUGGUCGAGAUUUCUUUGGUGGGAAAGCCACAGGGAGAUUCUCAAAUGGCCGUAUUCCUCCAGAUUUCAUUUCUGAAGGAUUUGGUCUUAGGCCAUUUGUGCCUGCUUAUUUAGAUCCCAUGUAUAAGAUUUCAGAUUUUGCUGCAGGCGUUUGCUUUGCUUCUGCUGGUACUGGUUUUGAUAACUCAACCUCUGCAGUACUUAAUGUUUUACCAGUUUGGAAGGAAGUGGAGUACUACAAGGAUUAUCAGAAAAAGCUCAAAGCCUAUGUGGGUGAAGAAAAGGCAAAGUUCAUAAUCAGUGAGGCCUUGUAUUUGAUUAGCAUGGGAACAAAUGACUUCCUAGAAAACUAUUACACACUUCCAGACAGACAAUCCCAGUACAGUGUGGAUCAGUACCAGGUUUUCCUCUUAGGACUCGCAGAAAAAUUUAUAAAGGAGAUAUAUGGUUUAGGAGCUAGAAAAAUGGCCUUAGCAGGUUUACCUCCAAUGGGGUGUCUGCCAUUGGAGAGGACAACAAAUUUCUUCAAUGGAAAUGGAGAGCGGUGCAAUGAUGGAUACAACACUGUGGCACUGCAUUUCAAUCAGAAACUGAGUGGUUUAGUGAACAAGUUGAACAAGGAAUUGCCUGGCAUAAGAAUGGUUUUAUCAAAUCCUUAUAAUAUGUUCGUGCAAAUCAUCAAGAAACCUUCAUUAUUUGGAUUUGACGUAGCAGCAGUGGCAUGUUGUUCGACAGGAAUGUUUGAGAUGGGAUACUUAUGUGAUCAAAUGAAUCCCUUUACAUGUUCAGAUGCAAGUAAGUAUGUAUUUUGGGAUUCUUUCCAUCCAACAGAGAAAACAAAUAAGAUCCUUUCUGAGUAUCUUCUCAAGAGUAGUCUGCGUCAGUUUUUGUAGUUUAAACUAUUUGUUUAUGGAAGGUUUUUUGUACGAUUAGGGUGUGAAUAUUUGUUUGUCUGUUCCUAUUUGUUUUAAGGUUUGUAUUGUAUGGCCGUGCGGGUAUGAUGUCUUCUAUUUUUACGAGUACCUUAUAACUUAUUUGUCGUGCUAGACAUUGUUCAAAUGUUGCUCUCCAUUUUAAAUAUAUUGAAGAUUUCUUUAUCGUUGAA